AUGGUCGUAUUGACGAAAGAAAUACAAUACAAUGGUCGAUUACAUUGUAAAGCGAACCGAUACAAGACCAGUAGUCAAACACGUGUAAAUUGUCAGGUUAACGACUAUGAUGAUGCUCAAAAGCCGAUGUGUUGGGGCCUGCAGCACUUCCCUGAAAUUCGAGUAUUCACCUAUCAAAAAAAGCUCCGUGUCUCCACAAAAUCAUUUUCCGAGGCAGAGAUCACGGUGCUGGAGCAGUCGAGGCCCAAGCGACCAGCCAGUGAUGAGCAGCUCAUAGAGGAGCUCUCCAAAGGAGGCAUAACCGCCCGACGCUACCCACCUGAGAGGAUAAAAAGUGCGAACGGCCGUGAUCGUAUCAUCAAGAUCGAGCUCUACGGGACAAACUACUGUGCACCACAUGCGCGUCGAGGACGUCAGAGGUCUGACAGGCGAUCGUGGCAUUCAUAUGCUCGCAGAGAUUAUACUUCAGAGGAGCUGGAGCUCGAUCGUACUUUGCGAAAGCAAGCAGGGAUGUCGAACGCCAAACUCGGGAUGCUCCAGUAUGUAGUCCGUGAUCUCCGCAUUUGCAAACUGAAGACACCGAGGGAGCUUCCUCGUCGCUAUCCCGCCACUUCUCAGAAUGCACCGAGGACUACAUCUGGUAUCCCCUUAGGACCAAUUGAAGCAUCUCUGUGUAUUGUCUUACGAAUAUCCCUUUUCAGCAAUGACUGUAUAUUCAUUCUUUGCUACCGAAGUCGGUCUUGCUCAGCUAUCGAUUUCCAAAAAUUUCUUGAAGAACUAUGUCUAAAUAGACUGCCGGUGGUUAUCCUGGGUGAUUUCAAUUUCUUCGAUAUCCGGUGGUCUCGCUUAUCGCAGAGUCUGAGCAAAAGCCGCCUCAGUAGACAAGGUUCCCUUUUCAUAAAUUUCGUUGAAUCUCACAGCUUCACGCAAACAGUUCUUGAACCCACCCAUGCCGCUCCCUUCUCCACAUCAGACCAUGCUACGGUGACCUUUACUCUAUCGACCAUUCAUUCCCAACCUGUCUCUAAGCCUAUUCUAGAUUUCGCUAAGGAUUAUGAUCCAUAUGCCGUCACCUUCUCGCUGUAG